UCGCUGGGCUUGAGUCGCUGCAGCAUCGGCCCAACUGGCGCCGCAGAGAUCGCCGAGUACGUGUCGGGCAGCGGGGUGCUGACCAACCUCUCGCUCGGCGACAACAACAUCAGCGACGAGGGCGCCAAGGCGCUAGCAGCCGCUCUUCGCGUCAACGGGGCGUUGACCCACCUGGACCUCGAGAAGAACCGCAUCCGCGACGAGGGCGCCAAGGCGAUCGGCGAGGCGCUGCGCGUCAACGGGGUGCUGAACAACAUCGACCUCCGCUACAACAACUUGGGCGACGAGGGGAAGGGAGUGAUUCGAGAUGCGGUGAGCGGGCGGGAAGGGGUGCUGACCACCCUCAAGCUCGUCGACAACAACAUCGGCGACGAGGGCGCCGUUGCGCUGGCCUCCGCUCUUCGCGUCAACGCGGUAUUGACCGAGUUGAUGCUCUUCGCGAACGCGAUCGGCGAUGAGGGCGCCACCGCUCUGGCCUCCGCGUUGGAAGUCAACGGGGUGCUGACUAACCUCGUGCUAUUCCGGAAUAACAUCGGCGAAAAGGGUGCCAAAGCGCUGGCCUCCGGUCUGCGCUUCAACGGGGUGCUGAAAAGCAUCGACCUCCGCUUCAACGAUUUGGGCGACGAAGGGAAGGGAGCGAUUCGAGAUGCGGUGAGCGGGCGGGUAGGGGUUCUGACCAAUUUGAACCUCUACGGGAACGAGAUUGGCGACGAGGGCGCCACUGCGAUCGCCGAGGCGCUGCGCGGCAAUGGGGUGCUGAAAACGCUCAACCUCAGCCAAAACCAGCUCCUCCCCUUCAAUCGCAUCAGCGCCGCCGGCGCCGCUGCGAUCGCCGAGGCUCUGCGAGGCAACGGGGUGCUGACCGAUCUGAACCUCUGGGGCAAUGGCAUCGGCGACGAGGGCGCUAUGGCGAUCGGCGAGGCCCUGGCGGUCAACGGGGUGCUGACCUCCUUGGACGUGGGCGGCAACAGCCUCACCGAGGAGGCGGCCCUCAGCAUUGUGCGAGUCGAGCGGCAGCGCAACAAGCUGACCUCGCUGGGCUUGGCUGCCUGCGGCAUCGGCCCGACUGGCGCCGAAGAGCUCGCCGAGUACGUGUCGGGCAGCGCGGUGCUGAAAAACAUCGACCUCAGCUACAACAACUUGGGCGAUGAGGGGGAGAAAGCGAUUCACGAUGCGGUGAGCGGGCGGGAA